GCUUGCAAAACAGCUGUGGGGGAGCUGAAGCCCGUUAGCAUCGUUUGUUAUUGCCGUGUGUGUGUGUGUGUCAGCGAUUCCAGAGCCUUCCGAGCAGCGAACCGACCGUAACCGUACAGAAACACCCCCAGAGUGACCGACUCGUCGUCCGUCAUCUCUCUCCACGAUGAAGUUCCAGUACAAAGAAGAGCACCCGUUCGAGAAGAGACGGUCCGAGGGCGAGAAGAUCAGGAAGAAGUACCCGGACAGGGUGCCAGUAAUCGUGGAGAAAGCCCCAAAAGCCAGAAUAGGAGAUCUGGACAAGAAGAAAUACCUUGUUCCCUCCGACCUGACAGUGGGCCAGUUUUACUUCCUCAUCCGGAAAAGAAUCCACUUGAGAGCUGAGGAUGCUCUCUUCUUCUUUGUAAACAACGUCAUUCCACCCACCUCAGCUACCAUGGGACUGUUGUACCAGGAGCACCAUGAGGAGGACUUUUUCCUCUACAUUGCCUACAGUGAUGAGAGUGUGUAUGGGAACAGCCAAAGGGAAAUCUGAUCCCACUACACCCCCCCUCCAACCACUACCCACCUUUCUGAGACCUCCACCAUUCAUUCAUUUGAAUAUUAAAAUCCAGCUCAGCAGCCUUAGAGUUCCUAGAGUAAAAAUGUCAAAAGCACUUUCACCACCCAUCCAUUACCCUUCUCCCAUCCAUUUCUGUCUUUAUAAUUCUGCAGUCUGAAUUGUAUUUGCCUCCACUUUCUCUUCUGCAUCAACCUGGGUUAGGUGGUCUCAUGGCCAGUUAUUUUUCUUGAUCGUAUUUAAGUGACAAACAGAGAAAGAUUUAAGAAAUGAUAUAUGGACUAGGCCAUAAUUAUAGUUACUCCAGGGUUAAGGAAAGAAAGGUGUAGCAUUUGAGUUCAAAUCAGCUCUCACUGACUGCAGUUAGUCGUAAGUUGUUCAUUUUAGUUGGUCAGCAGGAGGAUUAAGUGUCUUUGAGUUUAGCGAAGGCAGAUAGUGUUGUCUCGGCCAGAGGAAAGAUUAACAGCAGUUCCUCUGGUAGAUAAAAAUCCUUUAGUGACUUGUUUAAUCUUAAAAAAAAAAAGACCCUCACCAGUCACUGAAGUUGCUGCCCUGCAUCUGACCCGAGCGAGGAGUUUAAUAGAAUUCAGACUAAAAAGAAAACCAUCCUCUGCUUUCAGUGGUAAGACUAUUCUUUUGACUGCUACUAUGAUUAAUGUUGUUAUUAUUGUUAUUUUUAGGUGGCUUAAUUUCUAAAGGUAUUGUUAAGCUGAGUGCAAUUUUCUCUUUUUUAAGUUUGUCUCCUUUUUAAAAAAAAAAAAGAUUUGAACUCUGUAUACAGCUGCAUUACUGGCUCUUUCUCUCCACUCAUGAUCGUACAUGAUAAAAUGCGAUGAAAAGCU